ACCGGUAUGGCACAAAUGCGUUGUCGCUGCCACCACCCACCACGACGGCCGCAAGAACAACAAUCGGUCAAGUGUGUCUCUCUGAUUGCUUGUUACCUUUUGCCUUUCCAGCAACUCAACAAAAAGGCAGACGAAGAUGUCAUCAUAGUAUUCCACUCGCUACUUCGUGGGCUGUCUUAGGGUUUCUUUGCUUUGUAUGCUCCUGGUCACCGUUCUGAGAUUUUUGCGACGGCCGUCUUCCUUGAAACCGGCAGAAAAGCAGGAUUGGAACCAGUUUAUCAAGAGCUAUGAAGCAAGUUUUCAUCGACCUCCACCCAACGGCAUGUCCCGUUGGUUGGAUUAUGCUCAGAAAUAUCAGUGUGAAGUGCACAGCUUGAAUUACGAAGCCUUGAAUGUGGAUCUCGACUACUUUCGACGUGCCAACAAUGGGCGCAAAUUGGAUCCGAAUCAAGUGAAGGAGAAGGUGAAAAGAUGGGGGAUUUUUUAAUUGCAUUUUCCUUAGAGAAUCACAAAUUGACCAUUACUGGUCCAGGCAAGGGACGGGGCUUGGCCUGGGAUCAAUGGAAAUAUACUGUGCAUCUCAUGAGAAGAUUGCUAGAGCCAGUGCGAACGCACAAGCCACCGCUGAAACUCAAGUUUAUUGUCAAUCUGCACGACAGGGCCCGUGAUUCCAGUGUCAAUGCCACCGUUCGUGUCUUUUCUGCUUGUAAGGAAGACUACUAUACCAAUGAGAAACCGAUACCCAACAAUGAAGCGCCAUCACGGCACUAUCCGUUCAAUGCAACUUACAUCAGAGGCACCAAUGCCUCCAAAUUCAAGGCUAGCAGAGAUUUACUCUUCCGUGCUUGGUUUAGUCUGCCCGAUCAUCUUCAUAAAUUGUGGCUUUGGCCAUUCUACAGUCAAGGGCUCAAUUUCGUCGAACGCGACAAUGUAAUCAACUGGAGGGGCAGCACAACGGGGGAGUGGGGCACGGGAGUUCGGUUUCAGAUGAUAGAAAAAAUUGGUGGCACUGACGUCCACACCCUCACUGACAAUUUGGUCUCUGUACACUUUGCUUUUGUCCGUGCAGUUCAAGGCCCCGAUGAAGAAGGCUCGUCCGCCAAGGAAAGAUAUCGGUUUGCCAAUGGCAUGAAAUAUUUGGAACUCCAACGCAACAAGUACAUUCUAGAUGUCGAUGGGAAUGGUGCCACACAGCGCUUUCCAGGUCUGCCACGGUCAGGAUCCGUAAUUUUCAAGUCCUCCCGAUACAGAGAAUGGUAUCACGGUGUAAUGGAACCCUACAAACACUACGUACCCGUGAGUUACGAUAUCAGCGAUUUGGUGGAGAAGGUAGCUUGGGUGCAUGCACAUCCGGCGAUAGCUCAGAGCAUUGCUUUAUCAAGUCAUUUUGUCAGGCCGGCACAAUAGAACUAGUCUAAUAAAGCUAGACUUUCAAUCUGCUGGUUCAUCGAC